AGCAAACAAGGGCAAAGUUAAGCAGAUAUAAGUUAUUGCUUUCUCCAGUGAUAGCAGCUUCUGGAGAUUGACAGUCACACCUGCAUCCUAGUGCUGAAGGAGACACCCUUACAAGUGGAGAUUUCCCUAUUCAUGUAAGUGUCUCUUACAAAAGUGUGACUUCUUGGUUUUCAGAACUUCUCAUGGCUCUUGUGUAUUUCCUUAUAAAAUAACCAGCCUGGAAUAACCAAUAUGCCAAAAAGGCGUAUCUUAGGGUAGCAAAGUUUGACCCACUCAAGGCCAAGAAGUUCCCAGAUGUUGGGUUGGCUGGACUUCCCAAAGGCUGGGGAUGAGGAAGCAGCUCAGGGAGCCUUGGGCAAUUAUGCUCUUUCCCAGGGAGGCGGAACCUGGGCUUAUUCACAGGGUGACGCCUUGCUCUCAGUUUGAGUCUGGUCUCUCCCAGUUACUCUGGGUGCCCUGCACGGAGCCUCCUGGAAGCUUCAGAACUCUGUCCCCUCUUCACCUUCUAUUAGGAACCCAGGUGUUCUUCUUCUAUCCAGAAAGCCAGGACCCAGGUGCUCCCUUACCAGGGAGGGAGUGCCCUCUGGUGAGAGGCGUCCUAAAGGCCUGGGAGGAGGCAGAUGGAGGAGAGCAGGGCCAGAAGCCAAGUCUGAAGGAAGGAACUGCCAGCCAAUGAAGGGCGGGCUGCCUGUGCCCUGACCUGCGGGGCUGGGACAGCACGGGACCCAUAGUAGGAUAACCAGGAGAAAAGUUGAUGUUUUGUUGUCAUCUUGGGGAACUGGUAUUUCAUUUUGAUUGAGCAUAAGCAAGCAAUUCAUUUCUGCCCAAGAGAACCAAAAAGAUUCCUGCAGCCAGAAGAGACCACAGAGAUACUGGGGUUUAACCUCUUGGGCCCACGUUGAGAAUCUCCAGCAUCAAAAACUUGGACAGACUGUGGCAAAGUUCCAGGCAGAGGCUGUGGAGACAUACCUGGGGCCAAGGUUCACACUAACCCUGUUGGCACCCUGGGACCACAUGAGGAUGCUGCUGUGGCUUCUUAUUUUCCCUGCUUGGGAUUUUGGGGCUUGGGGGGAUUCCCCACUGUUCUCCUGGAAUGAAACCCAAGCCAGAGGAUUAUCAGAGGGGCUUCUAGACUUUUUUGUUGGCAUCUCUCAGCUCAUUCACAAGGGUCAAAAUGAAGCUCCCACCAUUGUCUCCCGCAAGGAGUGGGGAGCGAGAUCACAGACCUGCAGGGCCCAGCUGACACAACCUGUGGCCUAUGUCAUCAUGAACCAGCUCACAGGGAUGGAGUGCCAGGAGCAGGAUGUUUGCAGCCAGAGGCUUCGGGGCUUUCAGUCCCAUUCUGUCUACACCAAAGGCUGGUGCGACGUGGCCUACAACUUCCUGAUUGGGGACGAUGGCAGGGUGUAUGAAGGUGUCGGCUGGGAUGUCCAAGGCAUGCAUACCCAGGGCUACAACAACAUCUCCCUGGGAAUUGCCUUCUUUGGCAAUAAGAUAGGAAGCAGUCUAAGCCCUGCCGCCUUAUCAGCUGCAGAGGACCUGAUAUCCUAUGCCAUCCAGAAGGGUCAUCUGUCACCCAGGUAUAUUCAGCUACUCAUCUUGAAUGAAGAGGUCUGUCUGGUCCCUCAAAAGCCAGUGAUGCCUAGGAAAGCUUGCCCCAACAUCAUUUCACGGUCAGUAUGGGAAGCCAGAGAGACACACUGCCCUAAAAUGAGCCUCCCAGCGAAAUAUGUCAUCAUCAUCCACACCGCUGGUACAACCUGCAAUGUAUCCAUGGAUUGCCAUAUUCGUGUCCGAGAUACACAAUCCUUCCACAUGGACACACAGCACUUCUGUGACAUUGGAUAUCACUUCCUGGUGGGACAGAAUGGUGGUGUGUAUGAAGGAGUUGGCUGGCAUAUCCAAGGCUCUCACACCUAUGGAUACAAUGAUAUUGCCUUAGGAAUUGCCUUCAUAGGCAACUUUGUAGAAAAGCCGCCCAAUGCUGCAGCCCUGGAGGCAGCCCAGAACCUGAUCCAGUGUGCAGUGGACAAGGGGUAUUUAACUCCCAACUACCUGUUGGUGGGGCACAGUGAUAUUGUCAAUACACUGUCUCCUGGGAAAGCUUUGUACAACAUCAUUAAGACUUGGCCUCAUUUCAAACACUGAAGGAGCCCCUGCUCCUUCUGAGAUUGCUUCUCCUACCGGGCUACUAGGUCUCCCCUGUCCUCACCCUCUAUCCUGACUCAACACCUGGUGUUGUCCCCUCCAUGUCAGCCCCAUCCUGCCCCUCCUUUCUCAGGUUAGGAUGAUCCUCUCCUGCUAGCACCACCCGCCAGCAGCCCCAAACCCUAGAGCUGGGCAUACCCAGCCUUUGAGUGAGCCCCACCUUCCUCACUCCUCAUUUUCUCCUCCCCUGGGUGCCCAGCUCCUAAGCCAGGUGGGAAGAUGGGCUGAUCCUUGUUUGACUUCUCGUUCCCUCUCUGGCUGCCCCUCUGCCCCAUGUACCUUCCCCUGCCAUCUACCCAGCAGUCCCCAAGCUUCACACAGGACCCAGGUCAAGGCCCAAAGCCCCUCUCUGCUCACACACCCACUUGUCCCCAUGUGGAUGCAGCCCUUAUCUUAGGGCUCAUUGCUUACAGGUGUGGUUGUUCUCUCCACUGGAUUGUGAGGCUCUCCAGGUUUAUUUGCCCCCAUAUCCUUGAUUCCUCAGCAGUGUCUGGAGUCUUGUGUGUGCUAUAGAUGUUUGUUGGAGAGGUGGAUGAAUAAACAAAUGUGUGUGUCAAGUCCCUGCUUCCCUUUCCAAUCUGUUCCACCAGCCCCUCUUUUUGGAGACACCUUCUGGGACUGUCCCCCAUCCUGCCAUUCUCUCUCUGUUGUUGCCCCUCCCAGUCUGAGGCUCAGAGCCAGCUCUUGUCGCUUAUCUAUAAUGGUGCCACUAGGGUACUGUGUCCUGUCCACCCCAAGUUCCCUGAGGGCAGACAGUAGUCCUCUAGGCCCAACUGGGCUGUGUCUACACAAGCCACCUGUGCCUGUAGCCUUCCCUUGCCCUCCUGUGCCCGCUGGCCUUAUGUCUACAGGGCUGUAGACUUCCCCAUCUCCCCCAGAACUCAUCAAGGCCUCUUCAAAUCAACAACACUGCAUGGUCUGGAUUACUGUCUCCUCCAUAUUAUUGACUUUUAUUGGUCUCACCCACACAAUCUGAGUAAAAGCAGAGCACUCAGCUGUCAAAUGCUUUUUUAAAGGCAAAUUCUGAGGCAGCCCAUUCUGUUCAGUUGGCUCUUCUGAGUCCUUGGUAUAGAAAAUUUCUUCCCAACUCCCCUUAAUCAUGUGAAGCAGGGUUCAUAGUACCCCUCACCACAUCAGAGGAUUGUUGUGAGGAUUAAGUGAAUUAAAAUGUGUUGAUGUCUAAGACCUCAUGGUUGGCAUAUGAUAAUGUUUUCAUUAAAGUUUGUGGAGCUAUGGUUAUUCUUGUUGCUAUUGCUGUGACUUUGUCCCAGGCAAUAGCUUGUGUAGGGGUCAAGAGGAGGCUGUCCCAAAGUGUGCCUCUUGGGCAUACCGAUUAUUUUAACUGAAAGUCACAUCAGGGGCACCUGGGUGGCUUAGUCCAUUAAGUGGCGACUUCCAUUCAGGUCAUGAUCUCGAGGUUUCUCUAGUUUCUCUAGCAGAGUCCUCUCUGCUGUCAGCAUGGAGCCUUCUUGGGAUCCUGUUCCCCUGUUUCUCUGCCCCUCCCCCACUUGCACGCUCACUCGUGCGCUCUCUUUCUCUCUCAAAAAUAAAUAAACAUUUAAUAAAGUCACUUCAGAGACAGCCUGUGCAAGAAGGACACUCAGACCCUCCUCCGCCCCCCUGAGAGAAGGAAUACAUCUCCCAUGUGAAAGGUACCCUCCCUGUAGCAGGAACGAAAGAGAGGAGGCUGUAUAACAACGCUUGUUACUUUUUACUAAUUUACCACCCCGGCCCAAAAUCUGUUUAGAAUCCCUUACGAAUUGAAGCUCCCAGUGUUAAGUUUUCUUGAUCCUGUCAAUACCUCACAGACUUAUUGUCUAUUUGUCUGAAAAGUGUAAAAACUGCCUGCAUGGUUAUUUCUUUGGUCUUGAUUUCAUUCCUGGACCUCUGUGCACACUUAAUAAAACUUUGGUUUUUUUCCUACUGUUAAUCUGUGUCCUGUAAAUUUAAUUGUUAGUCCAGCAAAGACCUUGAGGGUAGAGAAGAACUUUCUCUUUCCUUCAGUAUCUACUAGUCCUAUUUGCAUCAGGAAGGAUGUGCCUUUGCAGGCACCAGCUGAGGCAGCCCCCAGGAGUCUGGCACUCCCUAGGAGAGCAGGCUGGCCUGAAGCUUGGGGCGCACAGGCCUUGGCAGGUCUGACAGAGUCCAUGGUGAAGGAGGGACACCUUUUUCACAGUGUCUGGCUGUCAGGUUGUGAGGGGCUCUAAAGGUCAUCUUGACAGUUGUUUUCAACAACUGUAAGCUGGGGGGGAAAAGCCAAAUGAAGUUUUAUUUGAUUCCAGAAUAAAAUACUACUCUGGCUAAUGCCCCACAUUUUAUUAAA